AUGGAAUAUCCACGUGUUCAAUUGAAUGAUUUACUCGACGAAAUUCUUAUGAUUAUUUUGAAAAAAUUGUCUCAUGUCCAGGUGCUUUGUUCUUUAAUAGGUGUUAAUAAACGAUUAAAUAAAACAGUACAUGAUUCUAUUUUUACGAAUCGUUUGACUUUAAUGGUAUCUUUCUUGAAUCAUUGUAUUUUUCCAUUAUCAGAAUCAAUACUUGAUCGAUUUUGUUUACAAAUCUUACCUAAAAUUCAUGAUAAAAUCGAAUGGCUUGAUCUCGAAGCAUUUUCAAUGGAACGUAUUCUUCGUGCUACAAAUUUUCCUAAUUUAUAUGGAUUUGGUUUAUAUAACAUUCGACAAGAAAUAGCUAUGCAUCUUUUUAAUGAAGAACUUGAUUUGUCUCUUAUAGUUUCAAGAAAAAAAAUAUUUAUUGAUGGUUAUGAUUUGAAAACAAAUAUUAUUAAUAAUAUGACACUAUUAAAUAAAUUUACAUUUAAUAUUUGUUCAUUAAGUCAUUUUUAUAAUCAAAUUAUUUCUUGUAUUGAUUAUUUUCAAAAAAGAAAUUAUGGUCAAUGUCAUAUUUAUUCAUAUCCAUAUAAAUUGAAAUAUUAUGAUAAUAUAACAAAUAAUUUUCCAGGUGGAAUAUUUAAAUGUGUUCGUGAAAUAUCAUUAUUUGAUGAACGUCCUUUUGAACAUGAAUUUUUUCUUCAAAUUCAAAAAUCAUUCCCAUUGAUGGAAAAAUUAACUUUAAUUAAUAAGAAGCCACAAAUUAACAAAUUUAAUGAACAAUCAAAAGAUGACAAUCGACCUUUGUCGAUAGUGAUUCAAUAUCCUCAUCUUUUUGAACUUAAUCUUAUAAAAACUCACGAAGAUUAUCUUGAACAAUUUUUACUUGAUACUAAAAUGUGUUUACCAAAUAGUAUUUUUCUUCAUAUAAAUUAUCGAUUAUUGAAAGAAGUAACACACAAUUUUACAAGAAAUUCAACUCGAAACAAUUGUGUAAAAAUUAGGGUGAUAUUUCUUUAUAAUACAUUAGGAUUUCCUGAACAUUUAAAAGACUAUUUUCCUCAUGCAAAAAUAUGUUCAUUAUAA